UUAUCGUCUCUGGUUGGGUGUCCGGUAGUUCCUCCUGGGUUUGAGUUGUCUGGGAAACCCGCCAUGUACGGGCUUUGCUGAAUAUUUGGUCUACCCCGGCUUGUUUAGCUCCUAGGGAUAGAUGACGAGGUAGCCGACCGAGUACCUCAGAUAUAAUCCGGUGAAGGUUGACCUAAAAUCCGACAUGACCCAACAAGCUGCAGCUCUGCAGACCUACAACAACGAGCUGGUCAAAUGUAUCGAGGAGCUUUGCUCGAAGCGGGAUGAGCUGAACCGACAGAUCAAGCAGGAGGAAGAGGAAAAGGAGCGGCUGCAGCACGACAUCCGUGUCCUCUCGGAGAAGCUGAGCCGAGUCAACGAGAGCCUGACGCAGAGACUCGCCGCACGCUCCACCUUCGACCGCACCAUCGCCGAGACGGAGGCUGCAUACACCAAGAUAUUGGAGAGCUCCCAGUCUCUCCUGAGCGUCCUAAAGCAGGAGGCAGGAAACCUCAGUAAAGCCACGGAGCCUCGGAGGACGGAGCACUGAAGGCGAGGAGCAAACCCGUGCACCUGACCUCACCUGACUGUGGCUUCUGAGGCAGUUUAUUCCCCACUUUGGACUAAUUUGUAAUAUAUUUAAGCCUUUGUUGUAAGUUUCUGGAUUCAAUAAAUGUAUUUCCUAACA